ACAGUCAGUUACCACAGCUCAAUCUCCUCCAGGUUCCACUCAUGGUGGAGUUUUUUGCCUUUGUCCCUCCCAUCUCACAUUAACAGCCAAUGUGUAGGUGCCUAGUCUAUAUGCAGACACCACCCCUCAGCGGUUUUCCGGCUUUUUCUGUAGAAGUGGCGAAGUACUAUUGGUGCGUGUGAGAACGACCAAUGGCUGGAGCGCACGCUGCUUUCGCGUGGAAGUGAAUGAAGUAUGCAGGUAGUUUGCACUGGUGAACGUCCUCUGUGAGGUGUUAUUAUUGUUGGAGCCCGCAAUCAAGAGCUCCAUUCCUCAGCCGUUGCUUUGGGUUACCUCACGGCGCACAGGAAGAGUGUCUACAGGGCGGGAAUAUAGUGACAUCUGAGAGCGCCAUAGCUGGGAGUUCUGCGCUCUCCCUGGAAACUGACAUGGAAACUAAAACAUUUUGGAGCAGGCUGUUCUUUGCGCUGACACUUUUGCUUCUAGUUUCUUGUGAGGACGAUAACCAAGAAACGUCACUCAAUGAAACAGAGAUUAAAGAAGAAAAUGGAGUCUUGGUGCUAAACGAUGCAAACUUUAAUACUUUUAUUGCCGAUAAAGACACUGUACUUGUAGAAUUUUAUGCACCAUGGUGUGGUCAUUGCAAGCAGUUUGCUCCAGAGUAUGAAAGCAUUGCAGAAACAUUAAAGAAAAAUGAUCCACCUAUACCUGUUGCUAAAGUAGAUGCUACAGAAGCAACAAAGAUUGCUGACAAAUAUGACAUUAGUGGAUAUCCUACAAUAAAGAUAUUCAAGAAAAGCCAGCCUGUUGAUUAUGAUGGUUCACGGACAGAGAAGGCAAUUGUAGCUAAAGUUAAAGAGGUUUCGGAUCCUAACUGGACAAUCCCACCUGAAGCAACAAUAGUUUUAACUGAAGCUAAUUUUGAUGAUACAGUAGAAGCUGCAGACAUCAUACUAGUCGAAUUUUAUGCACCAUGGUGUGGACAUUGCAAAAAGCUUGCACCUGAAUAUGAAAAAGCUGCUCAAGACCUUAGUAAACGUACACCAUCAAUACCACUUGCAAAAGUUGAUGCCACUACAGAAGCUGAACUUGCUAAGAGAUACAAUGUGUCCGGUUAUCCUACACUAAAGAUUUUUCGUAAGGGCAAACCAUAUGAUUAUAAUGGACCUAGAGAAAAAUAUGGAAUUAUUGACUUCAUGAUUGAACAGGCUGGUCCUCCAUCAACUUUAGUCCAAACAGUAAAACAAGUGCAGGAAUACUUGAGAGACGGAAGUGAUGCUAUAGUUUUUGGAAUUUUCAUUGGCAGCCAGGAAAAGAAAUUUCAGCUUUAUCAGGAUGCAGCAAAUGCUUUAAGAGAAGACUUUAAGUUUUAUCAUACUUUCAGCUCAGAUGUUGCAAGCUUCCUAAAAGUACAAACUGGACACCUUGUUGUUAUGCAUCCUGACAGAUUUCAGUCAAAGUAUGAGCCAAAAAAACACCUCUUUGAAAUCAAAGAUUCCACAAGUGAGCAAGAGCUGGAGGAACAUGUGAUAAAGCAUUCUUUGCCCCUGGUUGGUCAGAGGACAAAAGUGAAUGAAGCAAAAAGAUACAAUAAGCGUCCCCUCGCAAUUGUUUAUUACACUGUAGAUUUCAGUUUUGACCAUCGCACUGCUACCCAGUAUUGGCGAAGCAAAGUCUUGGAUGUUGCAAAAGAUUUUCCAGAAUAUACCUUUUGCAUUGCUAAUGAAGAUGAUUAUGCAUCUGAAUUAAAAGACCUUGGAUUAGAUGAAAGUGGAGAGGAAGUGAAUGUAGCAAUUCUGGAUUCUAAUGGUAAAAAAUAUGCUAAAGAGCCUGAAGAGUUUGAUUCAGAUUCACUUAGAGAGUUUGUAAUGAACUUUAAGAAAGGAAAACUCACUCCAGUCCUUAAAUCCCAACCUGUGCCGAAGAACAAUAAAGGAGUUGUUAAAGUAGUGGUUGGUAAAACCUUUGAAGAAAUUGUAAUGGAUAAAAACUCUGAUGUACUUAUAGAGUUUUAUGCACCAUGGUGUGGUCAUUGCAAAUCACUUGAACCUGUUUACAAUGACUUGGGUAAAAAAUACAGAUCUGUGCCAAACCUUAUUAUAGCGAAGAUUGAUGCUACUGCCAAUGAUAUACCCAUUGACAAAUACAAAGUACAAGGAUUUCCAACAAUAUUUUUUGCACCGAAGAACAGAAAACAUAACCCAAUUAAAUUUGAAGGUCAUGAAAGAGAUCUUGAAAGUUUGUCCAAAUUUGUGGAAGAACACAGGGCGAAGUCAAAAACGAAAGAAGAACUUUAAAAUAUGUCUGCUAAAAAAAAAAGAUUAUAUAUAAUUUUUUUUCUUUAUGUACUAUUAUUGUACACAGUUGCUGGAUAAGUUACUUACAUUACUGAGAUUCUUGCCAAUAGUUGGAUUAAAGGGGUUAUCCAGUGAAAAAGCAUUUCUACUAAUAUUUCCAGCCAGCUUAAUAAAAUAUUUAUUUUUAACUCUCCUCCUUACGCUCACUUGUAGGCUCUAGUAUCAGGAUGCCCCAUUUCUGUCCGGUCUCCGCUGACAGUCUGCUUCCUGUAGUAGGCUGGAGCUGCAGAUGGGAUGUCACAGGAUUCAACCAAUCACUGGCUGUAGCGGUGUCUCGGACUGUACUGUCAGUUUCCCUGGCUGCUAACGAUAUAAUCUGCAGCUCCUGGGAAAGCAUUUUCACCAGCCACAGACAGGGCAUCCUGAUACUAGAAGCUACGAGGGAGUGAGGAAGGCGAGAUAAAGGUUUCUAUUUUAUUAGGCUGGGCAUAUUAGUAGAAAAAGAAAAACAUUUAAAUGGAUAAUCCCUUUUAAUGAUAAUUUGGAUAGAUGUCUUUGCAUAUUUUUUUAUUCCAAAAACCUUCAGGUUUUUUCCUUACAAAUUGUAUAGACCCCCUCGUAAUUUUUUUUCGGAUGGUAUACAUAUUAUGUGAUUUAUUUUCACAGAUGAAAUAAACAUUGAUUUCUUAUGGAUUAACUUCUGUCAUGAUCAGUAACAAAGUACCUAAUUCCUAAAUGCUGGAAUUCCAGAUAGCAUGUAUUAUUGUAAAUUAUAGCUUUAAUAAAUAUUAGGGCUGCAUGAA